UUUGCCAUCCCUAACUUCGACAUUAAACAAUUGUCAUAAAAUAUAUAAACAAAAACUUUCAGAGCGCAUAUGGAAAUUUAAAUACAAAUUUUGUUAUAUUUAUUUACGGUUUAAAAAUGGGAUUUCUUUCAGUUUUGAAGAAAAUGCGACAAAAAGAGAAAGAGAUGCGCAUACUUCUAUUGGGACUGGACAAUGCCGGUAAAACAACAAUAUUGAAGAGAUUUAAUGGUGAAUCAAUAGAUACAAUUUCCCCCACUUUGGGUUUCAACAUUAAAACUCUUGAGCAUAAUGGAUAUAUGCUGAAUCUCUGGGAUGUGGGUGGACAGAAAUCGCUGCGUUCUUAUUGGCGUAACUACUUCGAAUCUACAGAUGGUUUGGUAUGGGUAGUAGACAGCGCUGAUCGUAUGCGUCUCGAAUCAUGUAAACAGGAACUCAGAGUUUUGUUGCAAGAGGAACGUCUUGCUGGCGCUACACUACUGGUACUAGCAAACAAACAGGAUUUGCCGGGAGCGCUUAGCGCAAAUGAUAUCAAAGAUGUUCUUGAGCUUGACGACAUCACCACACACCAUUGGUUAGUUGUGGGUGUGAGUGCCGUAACUGGAGAAAAACUCUUAGGUGCUAUGGAUUGGCUUAUAGAUGAUAUUGCAAAGCGCAUAUUUACCUUAGAUUAAUGAUCACGUAGUGAGAAAGGAACAUUCAAAUUUAGUAUUAUUCGGCUUUUUAAAUAUUUAGCACUUAUUUUUCUAAUAAAUAUAAUUUGUAUAGUUGCUCCUCCGUUGUGCUUUUAAA